AAUCACUUCAAGAUUUUAAAUUUUCUCCACAAAAAUUAAUAUAAUGGCAACAUUAACAUUUCUUUCAUUUCUCAUUCUUCAACUCUUUUUGAUUACUAAUAAUUGUGAAGGUGUAGAAGUAGGAUUCUACAAGAAAACAUGUCCAAAUGUGGAAGCAAUUGUCAAAGAAACAACAAAACACUACAUUUCUAUUGCUCCUACUUUGGCUGCCCCUUUGUUAAGAAUGCACUUCCAUGAUUGUUUUGUUAGGGGAUGUGAUGGUUCGGUGCUACUAAAUUCAACAAAAGGAAAUAAAGCAGAGAAAGAUGCAAUUCCAAAUCAAAGCCUAAGAGGAUUUCAAGUGAUAGAUGCUGCUAAAUCUGCUUUGGAAAAAGAGUGUCCUGGCAUUGUAUCUUGCUCUGAUAUUCUAGCCUUAGCUGCUCGUGACGCUGUUUCACUGAUAAAUGGACCAACAUGGUCAGUCCCCUUAGGUAGAAGAGAUGGAAGAGUCUCAAUUCUUUCAGAGGCCUCAAAAAACCUACCAACUCCUUUUGAUAACUUCACUACUCUCAAAACUACAUUUGGUGCAUUGGGACUAAAUGUUAAAGACCUUGUUGUUCUAUCAGGAGGACACACAAUUGGGAUGUCACAUUGUUUUUCCUUUUCGAGUCGUUUGUAUAAUUUCACUGGCAAAGGUGAUAUGGAUCCAAACAUGGAUCAAAACUACAUUAAUCAUUUGAAGAUCAAAUGUAAACCUGGAGAUGUGACAACAAUUGUUGAAAUGGAUCCUGGAAGUUUCAAGAGUUUCGACGCUGAUUAUUACACUAUGAUUGCCAAAAGAAGAGGAUUGUUCGCGUCUGAUGCAGCUCUUCUUAGCAAUACUCAAACAAAAGAAUAUGUUUUAUCACAAUUAAAUCGUCAUGGAUCAACUUUCUUUGAGGAUUUUGGUGAAUCAAUGGUGAAAAUGGGACAAAUUGGAGUCCUUACUGGGAAUGCAGGGGAAAUUCGAAAACAUUGUGCCUUCAGAAAUUAAGAGAAACUUUGAUUUUUUUAGUCAUUUUUAUUAUUGUUUAUGUUUCAAUUGAAUAAUCUUUUUCCCAUGUCCUGAUUGUAUAGUGUAACUUGUAAGUUUUUAUUUGAUUCUUAAGCAUGUAACAAAAUAAAAAAAACAAAUAUUGUGUUGGUUUUACUA